AUGCGGCCGUCUUUCGCCCUCUCCGUUACCUGCCUCGCACAGGCAGUCUCCGCCGGACGACGAAGCACGAGCGGCCACGAUGGUCUUGACGGCGGUCUUGCCCGUCGGGAACGUUCGCAUUAUUCUCAACAGCAGCGUGCGGCGUCUGCCGACGCUUCGUCACGUGCCGCCUUGAUGGCACGUGCCGACCCGGACGACUCGGUCGACAGACUGCGAGAGGAAUCAUUGCACUGCCCGAUGGACGACGCCGGUGCCUUUGCGGAAAGCCAAAGGUCGUUCAAGGAAGACAAGUUCGUCCAAGAGGUUCGCACCUGCGUCCCUUCGUUGCGUCAGCCUUCGUUGUUUGAGGAGGUGGAAGACGACAUCACCAUGGCCGUGGCUCCGCAGCAGACGAGCCAUCAAGCCGUAGGUCUCGCCUGCUUCCGCUCCGUCAGGACGUGGGGAUGCGCCAAUAGUCUUCAAUGCAACUACGAGCGGAACUGCGUACGCGGGCUGAAGAAUACGUGCCUCCUGCGAACGGAUGAGAUGAAUUGCAAGAUGCUUCAAAAGGUCCCUUCGGCUUUCAAGCAAAAAUUCGACAAGCUGCGCGUGCUGGUCGAGGUUGGGCCGUUCGCGGCCGAGGGAACGCUCUACGCCGAGAUCAAGAUCAACGACACGAGAAAGUCGAUGAGCUUUCAGAAUCGCCUGCGAGCCUUGGAGGUGGCAACGCUGGACGUUGACCUGCAGGAAUAUUUCGAAGCGCGCGAAAUAUCCGUCCGGGACUUGCAGCAGCUCAGCCUAUCCUUUGAUUCGACCCCGGGCCUCGUGAAGAGCCUCGCCAAGGCACACUGCGCGCGCUUCACGCUCAAGACCGUCACCGUGCUCUUGCACCACACCGAGAGCGACCUCGACUUUCGAUACAGCCCCAUCGCCGUGGCGUACCCGACGGCCGAGGACAAUUACAAGAUUGUGGAUCAGACGGGCCCCUUGGAGGGACCGGACCUCCCGCUGCGACAAGCUCGACACCUCAACGUCUGCAACGUCGUCGGCAAGAUAUUCCUCCACGCACCCUUGAGCAUAGGACUGUGGCAGUCGAGAGUUGGCCAAGUCGUUGUGGAUCCCAGUAGGCAAAAAUGCUGGGAUAACUGGGGACACCCCGUCUACUGCGGGACGUUGGAACGCUAUUAG